UCCUCUUCAAUCUCCAUUUUUAUUCAUCUAAAGAUCGUACAAAUUUUUGUCUUCCCCUUCUUCGGGUUUCGAAAUCUGUGAUGGGUUUGAGCAAAACUGAAGUUAAUCUGAGAAGAUUACUUGCAACAGCUCCCCAGCAACAAAAUCAAACGAAGCUCGUACAUUAUGUUGCCACUUUAAGAGAACAGUUGGAGCAAUUGGCGGAAGAAAGGACUCCUGAUGGUUUGCCAAGGGUUUCAAAAGCUCAGUUGAAUGAUUAUUCUGAGAAAGUUGAAGCAAUAGCAGCCAAAUUAGUCAUCACCGAGGCCGAUGCUCAUCUUUCAGAGGAGUCUUCUCUGGAAAUCAAUGUCAAGGAGCCGACUUCCCCUUCUAUGUCGGAGGGAGAUGGUGUUUAUUCGCCUAGAGGACUGAGAAGGAGAAUUGUAUCUCAGUCUGAAGAUCGGCACCCAACAAACAUUGAGGAUAGCCAUUCACCAAAGUCUGUCAAAUUGGAUGCUGCAGCACAUGCUCAUAUCGAGAAACACAGAAAACUGCAAGAAGAUUUAACCGAUGAAAUGGUUGGCUUGGCAAGGCAACUAAAAGAGAGUAGUCUUAUGAUGAGUCAGUCCGUAAGAAACACCGAGAAGAUACUCGAGUCAACUGAAAAAGCAGUCGAGCAUAGUCUGGCGAGCACCGGACAUGCCAACACACGAGCAAUGGAGAUUUACUCGAGGAGCGUGAAAACAUCUUGCUUCACAUGGCUACUGAUCUUCGCGAUGACCUGCAUAUUCAUCAUGGUCGUACUUCUAAUCCGUGUUACGUAAAAUAAAUAAAAAACACUUCACAAGCGGCAAGGAAAGAUCAAACUGACGUUUCAAACAAGCGCGAUCGAGCAAUGUGGUUUUUUAAUUGUUGGUGAGUUCUGAAAAACUUGAAGCUUGGGGUGAGGUGGGGUGGGGUGGGGUGUUUAGAACCUACCUACCUGUGACUUUUACUUGUUUGGAACAUAUGUUUUGUCUUUUAUUUGUUGUCUGAUUUGUUGAUAGGAAUGUAAAUGUAACUAUGAGGGAAGACUGGACUUUGUCCAAGUCUCUUGGUUUUGUCUCUUUAUAUAUUCCAUCCCUCUCAUAUUUGUUUUC